UAUAAAUGCCCCGGGCCGGCCAGCUACCCUCACACAGCACCGUGACAAGCAAACGAUGAGGUCUCUGGUCUUUCUUCUCCUGUUGGGCGCUGCAGCGGCUAUCGACGAUGACAAGAUCGUCGGCGGGUACGAGUGCCAGCCCCACUCCCAGCCCUGGCAGGUGUCUCUGAACGCCGGCUAUCACUUCUGCGGCGGGUCCCUCAUCAACGACGAGUGGGUGGUGUCUGCCGCUCACUGCUACAAGUCCCGCAUCGAGGUGCGCCUGGGCGAGCACCACAUCAAGGUUAGCGAGGGCACCGAGGAGUUCAUCAGCUCCGCUAAAGUGAUCCGGCACCCGCGCUACAACGCCUACAACAUCGACAAUGACAUCAUGCUCAUCAAGCUCUCCCGCCGCGCCCUGCUCAGCGAGAACGUGCAGCCCGUUGCCUUGCCAACCAGCUGCCCCCCCGCCGGCACCAUGUGUAGAGUGAGCGGAUGGGGCAACACCAUGAACGCCAAUGAUAACCGUGACCUCCUGCAGUGUCUGGAGAUCCCGAUCCUGUCCGAGCAGGACUGUGAGAACUCCUACCCCGGCAUGAUCACUCCCAACAUGUUCUGCGCGGGAUACCUGGAGGGGGGCAAGGACUCCUGCCAGGGUGACUCCGGAGGCCCCGUCGUGUGUAACGGCGUGCUGCAGGGCGUCGUGUCCUGGGGGUACGGCUGCGCUGAGAGGAACCACCCCGGUGUCUACACCAAGGUGUGCAACUUCAGUGACUGGAUCCAGAGCACCGUCGCCAGCAACUGAGCCCUCGAACCCCAAGCCGGACAGCCUGCCUGCCUGCCUGCCUGAGCCGGACAGACUGCCUGCCUGCCUCAGCGCUACCGCAACCGACUGACUUCAGCAGCCGUCAGACUCAUUCUGUACCCCAUCAUGCAUCACUGCAAUACCAUCGCAGCAAUACACAUUGCAGAUACAUCUGUCUGGGUUAGAGAUUGCGUUUUGCAGCUGUCAAAUUCAUGCUGCGCAACAAAUAAAAGAUUUUGAAUGAAA